AUGGCGGCCUCGUGCCACGACGUGGACCCGGUGCCGGGGAAGCCGACGGAGACGGGGACCUCGCUCCUCGAGACGGCCACUGGCGCCAUCCAGGGUUUCGCGCCGGUGAACCAGAUCCACCAGCACCUGUGCGCGUUCCACUUCUACGGGGACGACAUGACGCGGCAGGUGGAGGCGCACCACUUCUGCGCGCACCUCAACGAGGACGUGCGGCAGUGCCUCAUCUUCGACGGGCCCGACGCCGGCGCGCGGCUCAUCGGCCUGGAGUACAUCGUGACGGAGGAGCUCUUCCUCACCCUCCCCGACGACGAGAAGCCGCUGUGGCACACGCACGAGUUCGAGGUCAAGGGCGGCGUGCUCUUCAUGCCGGGGGUUCCCGGCGUCGUCGAGCGCCGCGACCUCGAGACGGUCGCCAAGACCUACGGCAAGACCAUCCACUUCUGGCAGGUCGACCGCGGCGACGCUCUCCCGCUCGGCCUCCCGCAGAUCAUGAUGGCGCUCACCCGGGAGGGCCAGCUCCGGCAGGACCUGGCCGACUGUGUGGAGAAGAAGUUUGGCGUGUCGUUCCAGAAGGAGAGGGAGAACCGGGCGUACAUGACCGGCCCGGCGCACGGCAUCCACCCGCUGGCCAACGCUGCUGGGAAGGGCUUGAAGACGAGUAUCCGCGAGGUUGAUCUCCCGGACCCGACGACUAGAGCCAGGGUCUUCACCUGA